AUGCUGUUUAUCAGUGUAUUUGUGCACUACAUUCUGUUGAUUACGGCAUCAGAUAGCGAGUCAAGCAAUAGCAAUCACGGUACGAGUCCAACAAGAGCAAGUGCCGUUCAGAUUAGCGAACUCCAAAUCGGACAUGAUAUUGAUGUACAUGUUCCGAUGGACAAAGGAGCUAAACAGGAUCAGACCAAAAAGAGUCAUACCGAUCCUGUGGUUGAUGACGAAACGAAGCGUAACACAUUAGAUAGACGACUAUUGAAGACAAAGAGUAGGAAUAACUCCUCGUUGUUGAAUGAACACGCCAAAUUGGAUUCAAAAAAGGAGAAACAAAGAGAUAAAGGAGGUAUGUCAAGUAGUGCGU